UUUUAAUGUAUGUUUUUUUUUACACAAUCUUAGCCUAUUAUUUCUAAUUUCAGCAAGACAAAACACCAAAGAAAAAGCUGCCAUGUACAUCUUAAAUGCCAGUUUUCCCCAAAAUAUCUUUGUUGUGCAUCCUCAAUACUUUUUCAUCAGCGGACUUUCAGGUAUACCAUACAGCAACUAUUACUAUAUUUUCCUGUUUUUCAUUUAUAUUGUUGCUGUGAUUGGGAACUCUAUAGUCCUUCUCAUUAUAGCUAUUGACCAGAGUCUGCACAGUCCAAAGUACAUUGGUGUGUUUAAUUUGGCCUUGGCUGAUAUUGGUGAAACUAAUGCUCUGAUUCCCAACAUGAUGAAGACUUUUCUUUUUGAGUCACAGUACAUCUCCUACAAUGCUUGCUUGGCAAACAUGUUUUUUGUUUACUUCUUUAAUACAAUACAGUGUGUCAGCCUUGUUGUCUUGGCAUUUGAUCGCUUUGUUGCAAUUUGCUUGCCACUAAGAUAUCACGCCAUUGUAAAUAAUGCUGUCAUGUGUUCUAUUUUCUCAAUAUUGUGGAUACUUAGCACUUUUCUGGUGGGCUUGACAGUAUCUUUGGUCACCCGACUUUCAUUCUGCAAGUCCAAUGAGAUACAGAGUUAUUUUUGUGACCAUGGACCAGUGUAUAGAAUGGCAUGUAAUGACAAUAGCGUGAAUUCAUUUAUGGCAAAACUCAACACAGCAGUCUACUUUGCUGCUCCGCUGAUAAUAUUCCUGUCUUACCUUUGCAUUUUUUUCGUUUUAAGUAAGAUUACAACAUGGGAGGGGCGUGUUAAGGCCCUGAAGACUUGUGUUUCUCACCUGUUGUUAGUUGGAGUGUGUUUCCUUCCUAUAAUCUGCACAUAUAUCGCUGCAAUCAUGCUUUCUCUGUCUCCCAAUGUGAGAAUCAUCAGCACAUCUCUGGCAUAUGCUGUUCCACCAAUGCUAAAUCCAAUUAUAUAUGUCUUAAACACAGCUGAAGUUAAGAACUUCAUCCAAACAGUGAUUAAAAAAAAGUCUGCAUCUAUUGACCAGGGUAUUUCAAAUUGAUUGCAAAAGGUUUGU